AUGUCUCAUCUCCUUUCGUUCACUGACCACCUACAGCGCUCUGCUACUGGAAAACACUGGCGGGACGACGACUCAGACGAUGGCUCCGAUGAAAGACAGAGCAGAUGGACGCGUUACUUCCCGCUGUGCAUUCUGCUCGUUUUGAUGGUCGCUCCGCAUCCAUCUCUACUCCUCGUCCUCGUCAAUCAUUACCUUCGCACACUACACGAACCCAUCACAUUCCUUGUUCACCUAUGCGUGUCAUACACACUCACUUUCCUAUCCUUCGCCUCUCUCAUAAUCUGUGUCGUUCGAGAUCCUGGACCUGUCUGCCUCGACAAUCCCGCACAGGACGACGGUCAGAUAUCAGCACGAGACGAAAUCGGAUUAAGAGAAGCGCUUAUGGGGCCACCAGAUGAACCCGACGACGGCGAGAUAACCCCCCUGAAGUGGUGUCGCAAGUGCUGGGCUCCGAAACCGGAGCGUACUCAUCAUUGUAGCCUCUGCGGAAGAUGCGUGCUGAAAAUGGAUCAUCAUUGUCCUUGGUUAGGGGGAAAGUGCGUCGGCCACCGAACCUACCCUUCUUUUUUCCACUUCAUCACUUGCGUCACGCUCUUUUCUGCACACGUCGCUUAUCUCGCAGGAACAGCUUUCUGGUGGUCAUUCAACAACCCAACGUCAAUAUUUGACGAAGUCACCCCGCUGCAUGAGCUCUUCCUAUUAUGUGCCGGCGUGAUAUUUGGUCUCGUUGUGGGUUCCUUUAUGAUAUACCACAUCUACCUCAUCUCUACAAACCAAACGACCUUGGAGUCUCUAUCACCCUUCUUGCUACUGAGAUUCAUUCCCCCACUCCCAUCCUCCCUCCGCUUAUCGGAUCCUCCCAUGGAACACGAACUAUCCUACACCCAGCGCCGUCUCGUGCGUAACGCACAUCGAGCCGUCAAACCGUAUGAUCUCGGGUGGCAAGAAAAUUGGGCGCAGGUAUUUGGGUGGAGAAAAUCCGGGGGAUGGGUACCCCGUGUCCUAUAUGGCGGUGCGAGCCCAGGCGAUGGUCGAAAUUUUCCGAGGAAUCCACGUGUGCAUGAUAUGUUGCAGAAACUUGCCAAUGCGCUCGAGAUAGCGGAUAAGGAAGCUUGA